AUGAGAUCCGCACUCAACGCGUCGUCGUUAGGAAAUAACGUAAGAAUUCAGUGCGGCGCCUCUUCUUCUUUUAAAGACGAGAGCGCUUCUUCGUCUUCCUCUGCUAAAAAUCAUCACCAUCAUCAUCGUUUAGCACCCAAGACAACAAAAGGCGGAAAAAAAAACAUCAUCGUCCAACCAAACGUCGCGUCCAUCUCCUCUUCCUCUUCUUCUUUGAAUAACACUACUGUUUCGGCGAUGGUCGUCGUCGGUGUGACUGGAACAGCCGUGGCGAUUGCUUCUUUGAACCGCGCUGGGAGCAAUAACAAGAGCAGCGGGAGAAGAACGUCGACAAGAAAAGCGCAGACAAAAGACGUGAACACUUCCGAAAGUUUGCUCAAACAUGUCGUGGAAAGCGAAAGCGCGUUGAAAACAUUUAACGAAGAGACGAAGGAAAAAUACUUCCCAAACUUCCCAGAAGUCGUUCGCGAGGACGCGCACGUGUAUAAAGAUGAAGACGGGUACUACGUGGUCAAAGAGGAGUGGCAGAAACCGACGAAUCCGUUUGAAAAGUUGAAAUUGGCCAAGGACGCCAUGAAGACGGUGAUCGCGUUGAACGAGAUUAAAACUUUAGGCGAGAAGAGCGGGUCGACGAAAGAAGAUUUCGAGAAGUUUGAAAAAGAGUUGGGAGAUGGAGAUGAAAUCGACCAUCGCUUGAAAUGGGCGGGACUGUUUCACCGAAGGAAAGGACAUUACGGGAGAUUUAUGAUGCGAUUGAAGUUGCCGGGCGGGAUCGUUUCCUCGGAACAGAUGAAGUAUUUGGCGAGUUUGGUGCAAUCGUACGGCGACGACGGGUGCGCAGAUAUCACGACCAGGCAGAACAUUCAAAUGCGAGGGAUUCAGUUGAAAGAUGCGCACGAUAUUAUGGUCAACUUGGAGCGUUUAAAGAUGUGCUCUUUACAGUCCGGGUUGGACAACGCGAGAAACGCCACCGGGUCGCCCAUCGCCGGGAUCGACCCGUUGGAGAUCAUCGAUACGAGACCGUUUACGGAUAAGAUUCAAGAAUAUGUCACCGGUGGUGGAAGAGGAAACCCGGAAAUUGCCAACUUGGGGAGAAAGUGGAACGUCUGCGUGGUUGGUUCGUCGGAUUAUUUCGAACACCCGGAGUUGAACGAUUUGGCGUUUGUCCCGGCGAAAAACGAGACGACGGGCGAGAUGGGAUUUAACGUUUUGGUCGGCGGGUUUAUCUCCUCCGCGAGAGCUGCGGAAGCGAUCCCCUUGGACGCGUGGGUUCCUGAAUCAGAUGUUGUCGCCAUGACGCACGCGAUCUUGACCACGUUCAGAGAUUACGGCCAUCGCGGCAACAGGCAAAAAGCGAGGAUGAUGUGGUUGGUGGACGAGAUGGGAUUGGAAGUCUUUCGCACGGAAGUCGAAUCGAGAAUGCCAGGUGGGGCAAACUCGUUAGCGCGAGCGGCAAAACAAGAUUUAAUCGAUCGCACGCAAGUCAGAAGAAAUGUCAUCGGCGUCCACGACCAAAAGCAAGAAGGUUUACAGUGGGUUGGCGCGAACGUCGUCGGCGGUCGUUUACAAGGCGACGACAUGAUGCGCAUCGCAGAGUUGGCGGAGAAGUACGGCAGCGGCGAGAUUCGUUUAACCGUCGAGCAAAACUUCUUGAUUCCAAACGUUCCGAAAGAGAAGGUCGACGAGCUGUUAAAAGACGACUUGUUUUCGCGAUACUCGACGAAACCGGGUAGGAUCGUUGGAAACAUCGUCGCCUGCACGGGGAACCAAUUUUGCGGGUUUGCGCAAAUUGAAACCAAGCAAAACGCGUACAAGUUAGCGGAACACUUGGAAUCCGUGCUCGAUUUUCCGAAAGACGUUCGAAUGAUUUGGACCGGGUGUCCGAACUCGUGCGCGCCGGUACAAGUCGCGGACGUCGGUCUGAUGGGCGCGCAAGUCAAGGAUCCGUCCGGCGCGAAAGGUAUGGUUCCCGGCGUGAACAUUUUCAUCGGCGGCACGGUUGGUCCAACUGGCCAUUUGAAAGAGAAAGCCGAGAUCGAAAAAGUGGCCAUGUCCGAGUUGUAUCCGGUCGUGGAAAAUGUCAUGAUUGAAAAGUUUGGCGCGACGAGGAAAUCGACGCCGACGGAAAAUCCAAACAACGCCGCGAGGUGGAAAAUCAACAAGUCCGCGCAGUAUACCAAAGGCGUUCCGAAAGCUUUGGGGAAACAAACACACAUUUGCACCGGGUGCGGGUACAUCUAUUCCGAGGAGAAACCGUUCGAUUCGUUGCCAGCGGAUUACGUCUGCCCGUCGUGCUCGGCGCCGAAAUCCAAGUUUGAAAAGAUGAAAACCGAGGACGCGGCGCCGAAAUCGGCGAGACCGGUGACCGAGUACCCAGAAGGCACGUUGGUGACUUUGAAAAGUGGCGAGAAGGUCAAGUUAAAACUAGUCGAAAAACAAGACGUUUCUGCAAAUACGAGACGAUUUAGAUUCGAGUUACCGACGAAAGAGCACAUUCUCGGCUUACCGGUUGGACAACACGUCAUGGUGUCUUGCGACGGCGGUAAAACGUCUCGUCCGUACACGCCGAUUACCAACGACCAGGAGAAAGGCUUUAUGGAUUUGAUGGUGAAAAUUUACGAUCACGGCGUCGUAACGCAGCAGUUGGACAAGUUACUCGUCGGAGAAGAUUCCGUGGAGUUUGAAGGCCCGAACGGUUUGAUUCGAUACACGGCGAGAGGUGAAUUUUCGGUAACCAACGCCGUCUCCAACGCCGUUGCAAAGAAAGCGAACGUGAAAUCGAUUUCUAUGAUUUGCGGUGGUACUGGAAUUACGCCUAUGCUUCAAGUGGCCAGACAAAUCUUCAACGACGUCGGCGAUACGACGAAAGUGAACAUGAUUUUUGCGAACCAGUCGCCGAAGGACAUCUUGUGCAAAGCCGAGUUGGACGAGUUGGCCGCCAAGGAUCUGAACUUUUCCGUGCACUACACGGUCGAUACGCCGAGUUUGGAGUUGUACUCGAAUGAGAAUAAAUGGACCGGAAGCGUUGGUUUUGUGAAUAGCGAGAUGAUGAAAGCGCAUUUACCGCAACCGAGCGACGAGAACGUCGUUUUGUUGUGCGGACCUCCGAUGAUGGUAGAAAGCUGCGAGAAGAACUUGAAAAGUAUAGGCUUCGAUUGCGAGAAGAACGUUUUGAAGUUUUAA